AUGGUGAUGAUUGCUGUCACGAAUUUCAUCUUUAUUAAUCUUCCUGGUUCUAGAGAUUAUAGAAAAGCCGAAAUUGGAAGAUUGUAUCAGUUGCGAGGCAGCUGCAGCGGUGACCCCGGAGAGGGGGAACACAGGGGGCAGAGCACUGUGCUGCUGUUCUGGCGGGCUAGGGCUCCCGGGAGUCACUCUGCUUUUCCACCCCGAAGAGCUGGGAAAGCCGAAGUUUUCCUCAGUGCUCACACGUUUACCCGCUCCCACGCUCCGCCUCGCUGCGGGGCGCGGGGCACAGGCCACAGCCUCUCCGCUGCCUCCCGGGGCCGCCCUAAGACCGAGCACCCGCCGCGGAGGCGCCGCCUGAGGGGGCGCGCGCACUGCCCCGCCCGCCGCUGUCCCGCCCCUCCUCUCGGCGCGCGCCCAGGCAACCGGGAGCGAGCGCGGCCCGAGCGCGGCCCGCUGGCGCCCUGCCCCGCCCAACCCAGCCCCGCCCCGCCUCGCGCUCUAGCGGGGAGGCGUGUCGGCUGCGGCGCGCGGCCUCCGCGAUUGGCUCCGGUGCGGCCUCUCGCGCCCACCUUUGUGCAGCCCCAGCGCCCGUCGAGAGUGGGAGGGGAAACCCCGUGCGAAGGGUGCCGCCAUCUUGGAUAA